AUGUCAACCUCAUUGAUGACCGACUAUAUUAUUGGCCAGACUGCAUCGAUUCGCUCUGCAGACCUCGCCGUCGCCUCAGCGGCUCUAAUUGUCUACGACCAUGUGAUAACGUUUGAUCAGGAGGUGGAUCUGUUUUGGACCGGUCGACAAGAUGCAACAAAAUUCUUCUAUCUCAGCUAUACCGUAAGGAAGGUUCUUAUGGCAAGGGUGAUCUCUGAUUCCAUGUCACCUCAGUGCACUUUCAUGUCUUCAAACCUACUCUUCAAGGCAUUACUUACUGGUCAUGUCGUGUUGGUAACUCUGGGUGUGGCGUUGUGUCAAGGGUCGACCAUAGCGUUAAGUGACUAUCUCUUCGAUCAAUAUUAUGAGGAAAUAGUCGAUCCGAGUUUUACCAAGAGCCCGAUGAUUUUCGCCCUCUUGGGACUGGUCGUGUAUGCAUGCGCAACGGGAUCGCUACUGUACACAAUCAUCGCUCUUUCAUUUCCCAACCUUUCGCAACUAGACGUUUACUACACAGGUUUACAAGGCGGCCUCGUCGUCGCUGCAACCCUUGUCUCCGUUUGCCACGCGUUACUCGGCAUUCGAUCUAUAUCUGCGACGCUUCAUGUAGAUCCAGCGUGGCUCCUCAACCACGCAGAACUCAGUCGUGUCCAAUGGACCAAGGGAAACAGUGAAGGCGAGAUUUUUGUCGAGCUAGACUGUUCCUGCGCCACAGAACUCCCCAUGACAAGUCUUUCUCACACGGUGGUUCCAGAUACAGUAUCUUCGAGUGGUAGCAACUUCGAUGAUCAAGGCACUCCCACGAAGAACUACAAUAUAUUAUAG